AUGACAGAUUCAGACCAUUCAUCAUCUCAAUCUGAUUCUGAUUCUGAAUUUGUUGAAGCACUAGAAUCACAACCACUCGAAUCAGGACCUCCAAGAAAGAAACAAAAGACUACUAGAAUACCGAAAAGAUUACAAAAUAAUGAACUUUAUAGGGUUUUUUUCAACAAGGAGUUGAAAAGUUUCAUUGAUGGUGAUAAUGGCACCUUGAGCAAAGGCUUCCAUUCAUUUGUUACCCCAUUUGAAUCAAAUAAUAAAGUUAGUCAGAUUGAAUCUUCCACAAUAUUGGGGACGUAUUGGACAAGUUUUGAAAAAGAAGUUUUUUUUGAAUUUUUAGCAAGGUUUGGCAUAUUGGGGAUAGAUAAAAUUUGUGAGAAAUUACCAAGGAAGUCUAUUUUAGAAGUUAUGAAUUAUUAUGAUUUGUUGAAACAAGGAUUGGAUCAUUAUAAACAAGAUUCGAAAUUUUUUAUGAAGUUGAUUAAGUAUGAAGAAAUCCCACAAGCUAUGGAGAUUGAUGAAGUUGUGAUAAGUAUUGAAGAGGCAUUAUCAAAUUCGUUAAAUCUAUAUGAAUCUGAAAAGAAAAAUUCCAAAGAAUUACAAUCAAUUUUUGAACAAGAGGUUUUGAAUGAUGAAGAAUCAAUAAUUGAUAUGAAGGUGCUCAACUCAAUGUGUGAAUUCAUUCAACAAGAUCAUUUAAUCUCAGAUAUAAGGAAAUUCAACCAAGACAUCACCCCCAGAUUAGGAUAUUCAUCAAAUUAUAUUCAAACAUUAAUUAAAAACUUCAUUCAUGAUUUAAUUUCCAAAAUCAUUGAAAUUCAAAUAUACAAACCCUCACCAACAAGUCUUAAUUUAAACAUCCAUCAGGACAAGAUAUCCAUUGAUGUGAAUGCACCAGAUGUUUAUAAAUCAUUCAUGGAGCUUGCCCCGAAAAGGGCUUUUCUAUUGAAGUAUUAUUUCCACAAGUUUCAUAAACGACUGGGGUUGUUGAUUGAAGAUUCUGAUGAAAGUGUGAUUAAUAAAGGAUUGUUGACUUUCAAUAGGACUGCUUAUAAGUUUAGUGACUAUAGAAAGAAUGAGUUGAUAAAGCAGAUAUAUGGUGUUGAGAAGCCAGUGGUUGAAGAGGAGGAGGACGACGACGAAGAAGAAGAUGAUGAGUUGUUGGAUAAUAGAUUUGCUUUGAAAGUUUUCCAUAAGGAGAAUCAUAUGGUUGAUUUAAAAGAUUUGGUCAAAUCAAGAGAGUAUUGUAAAGAGAUGAUUACAAAAUGGGGACAUUUGGAACUUUAUGAACAAUUUAAACAGGAUGAUGAUGAGAUUGAAUCGAUUGAUGAUAUUUUCCAAGAGUUAAAUCAAGAUGAAACUCUUCAAGAUUUGGGGAUCCCUCAAGACUUAGAAAUCACAGAUGAAAUGAUUACAUUACAGAGCAUUACAUUUUAA